AUGAAUCGCUCUGCGCAAUUUUCGUCGUUCGUUCUCGGUGUGAAGCUGGUUACACCAUCAGGCGAGAUCAUGGAAAUUUCUGAAACACAGAAUGCAGAGUACUUGCCUACCAUUCGCUCCCAUAACGGCAUGCUCGGGGUCAUUUGCGAGGUUACGCUGCGGAUCUUCAAAAGCCAGCCACUCCAGGUCAGGUUCCAGACUGCAGAGAUUAGCUCAUUCCUGGAGAACUUUGGAGAGGAGUUGCAAGCCCUGAGAAAAUCCGAUCAGGUGUUUGGGAUGAUAUUCCCAAGCUCUGGGGAGCUGCUAUUCCAGCGCCGCAAGUUCGUCGACUCAGCGACGCCGAAGCUGGAAUCAAGGCAUGACAUUGCAAAGAAAAAUAUCCCUUCUCUGUUCAAGGACCUGUUUCUGCCUGUGGUGAAGAACAUCGCAGCUCUUCAACUUCCGGAUGUUGUGGCAGCACUACUUAACAAAGUCCUUAUCGAUCUGCCUCUUAGAUGGAUCCAUCACUGCAGAUACACCAUAGAUCCUUGCGAUCGUGGCAUUAUCUACGAUAAUGAUGACGCGAACUCCAGUUUUGACUGCCCGUCUUGA